CAGCGGUGUUCAGUGUUUGUGGUGAAAGUGAGAGGAACCACUACGCUGCCAUGAUGGCAGUACCGCUGCAGAUAAAACUACUCAUAAUUUCUAUACUCAUAAGUGAUACCUUGUGGCUGUGCCUAGCAGAACCCGAACCAAAGACAGAUAAAGAAAAAGAAGAACUAAGUGCAGAAGAAACAAAGAAGCUAGAAAUAAUCAAAAGAAUCAAGAAGAUAAAUGAGGAUGGCUCAUAUACGAUAGGAUAUGAAGCUGAUGAUGGCUCAUUUAAAAUAGAAAGUCGCGACGUCCUUGGUCAUAUCAAAGGCACUUACGGUUUUGUAGAUCAAGACGGUCAAAUUAAAAGAGUGACUUACAGUACUACCAACUCAACGGAGAUCCUGAGUAAGCCGCCGGAAGAAGCACCACCGUCUGCCUCUGUGGUACAAAGAAUCCCGAGCAAAAAGCAAUCUCCAGGUACAUUUAUAUUUACAUCCACGCAAUCAACACCAACUACCACCAGUGUUACAGCAUCUAAAAGAAUACUAAACAUUGUAAGCUCAACUACGUCAAAACCAAACUACAAAAGCGUAGUUAACGUGUCCAAUGUCUCGCCAUUAUCAAGAUACGUUACGUACACAUCAGCUGCUCCCAAAGUACUUUUACAAGGUAAACCAUCGCCAGCAUCUGGACAAAUAUCCAGACCAGAAGUUGUAACAAUCGGAUCCACACAGUCAACAACCUUUAAAGGGUUCAGCUCCCCAGAUGAGAAACCUGUUACAGAAGAAGAAGAACCAGAAGUUAGAGGCAAUAUUCUUAGAAGAGAACUACCCCAAAGGCCAGAUUCGACCUAUAAUAUCAGAGAACAUAUUUUCACUCUUCAACAGUCAAUGGGAGCAGAUGCUGUUGAUGUUUACAGCGGUUCAAUGACUACUGGAACCCCAAGACCAUUAUUCACAACUACAGCAAGAUCUCUAAGACCUGUACUAUUUUCUUCAAUACCUACCACUCCAGUUCCGAGAUCAACAACUCCUUUUCCUCUUAACUAUUUAAAGAACAGUCUUCAGGAUAUAGAGAAUAGUUCACCAAGCUACCAAUCACAAGAAACGACAACCGAACAACCAGAUCCAACGCCAGUGGUUCAAAUACCGGCCAACAGGCCUGAGGUACAGGAGCCUCUAGUAGCUAUAAGACACCCAAACCAAAGAAACCCUAUAUUAGUUCCUCUAAGUCAUCUUCAAGGAAGAAUCAUACCUUUAGAACAAGUAAGACAAGCCAAUGAGGAUCCAAGACAAUAUUAUGUACAAGCUAGUCGAAGACCUGCGGUAGAAGUGGAGCAACAACAAGCUGUAGUGAGGCGAUUACCGCCUUAUCCGUUACGACCAAUGCCAGUCCAAGUAGAUGAACAUGGUUACAUCAGGGAGCUUCCACGUCAUGUACCAACACCUUAUCCUGUUCCAGUACCCGCAACUCCAGUUGCUCGAUACAUCGAAGCAGACAAUGAUAUCGAUAAAAUUCACCCACCUGUUAGCACCAAAGACUUCCAAAGAUUAUUACAGCAACUAAUUUUAAGGCAGAGUAGGUUAGAAAAGAUAAGUGCUUUAACCAGACAACCUCCAGAGAUGCUAAUACAGCCAGAAAUGCAGAGGUACAGGCAAUUUUACCAGCAACCUCCUGCUUAUUUCGUCCAGAAGCAACCAAGACCUGUACAAUACGUGCCCCAAAACACAGAACAGAGGCCUAAUUAUGUAGACGUUGAUCAACAACAAUUAGUGCCUCUAACUCAGCAACAAAGGCCCAGUGUAUACGAUGAAUAUGAUUCUGUAUCAUAUAGACCUAACAGACGAGUAGCAAGGUUGCUUCCAUCAGAUUCAGCUCAACAAGAUAACGAGGAGUAUCUUCCUUCCGAUGUUAGAGAGAUGUUAUUGUUGAGGAUGCUUCAACUAGCCAUCAAUCCAGCUCUUCCAUUAGAUGAAGAGGAUGUAGAAGUAACCAAAUCAAUGCCAGUGAAGAGAACUCCUGUCAGGAACGUGGAGAUAUUAGGAGAGGAGGAGUCUACUGAGAAAAGUAAGCAGAGGGAGAAAAGGUAUAUAUUUUUAAAUGAAAAUUAUUAGAUUCAAUAUUUUGACUGAAAGGAGCUGGUAAAUCUAUAUAUGUUUAUAAAAAGAAUCAUGAUAAUUUUAUUUAGAAUAUUAAAUCAAAGUAAUAUGGGGUACUAUAAGGUCAGUGCGUGACAAAUAUUUUACAAGUCGUAACCUCAUUAUCGUAAUGUAACCACCAUCGGAUUUGGGUUACUUUUCUCCAGUUUUUUUUUUAAUUUCCUUAUUUGUUAAUUGCAUCUUGAGGAUCCUACAUUAAAUUUGCUUAGUCAUAAAAUUGAGUAUAAAAAUAGUAAAAUUAGGUAGUUUAGUUUACUUUUUCUUAUAGCUGUUAGGCUAGCGGCAGGCACCCCCAAAAUGACCAGGUACUGACCACGGAGAGGUGAAUGGCCAAUUUUAGACAUACUGUAUGUUUUUGACGGUGCUAAAAAUGAAAAUGAGAUUUAUUUUGAAUUUAAUGUGGGGAAACAUUGUCAAAAUCGCAAUUUUACAAUAAAAAUAAAUAAAAAUAAAAUCACGUUUUUUUGCCUUUACCUCGCUACAACUCUGUUCCACUUUAAUAUUUUUUCUAAAUUUUUUACAGUAUAUAGAUCUAACAUUUCUGAAGACAACGGUGCCUGUUUCAAGCUUUAAUUCUUAUUAUGAUAAAGGUUAUGAAUUUUACGGAUUUGUGCAUUGCAAAGUUUAAUCGCAAAAGUUGAGUGACGAAAUUUAAAUUUUAGCCUUUUAAUCACGUUUAUGUUAAAAUAGAGAGUACAAAAAAGUUUUCUGGAAAAUUUUAGAUCAAAAUAUUUUAUAGCAAAAAAAUAGUGCAACUUUUAUUAUCGACAUUAGAAAUCCCCAAUAUAACGGUUAUUUUUCGAGAUACUGACCAUGGGUGGUGAAUGGCUAAUUUUGGUCUUAGAUUAUGUUUUUGACGGUGCUGAAAACGAAAAUGAAAUUUAUUUUAAAUUGUAAGUGGGGGAAUAUUUUCAAAAUCGCAAUUUUACCAUAAAAAUAAAAAAAAGUGAAAUCACGUUUUUUUACGUUUAACUCGCUACAACUCUGGUUUAUUUUUAUAUUUUUUUCCAAGGUUUGUACACUGUAUGUUGCUCACUUUUUUGAAGACAAUGGUUUCUGCUUUAAGAUUUUAGUCUUAUUCUAGUAAAAGUUAUGAGUUUUUUAAAGUACAAGGUGCAGAUUCAUGAAUUGCAAAAUUUAAUCGCAAAAUUUGAGUGGCAAAAUUUGAAAUUUAUCUUAUUAAUCACAUUUAUGUUUUAAUAAAGUUUUAGUUACAAAUGUUUAACAAAAAAAUGGCGCAACUUUAAUUCGCUACAGCUCUGUUCCAUUCUAAUAUUUUUUCUAAAAUUUCUGCAACAUAUAUUUCUUACCUUUGUGAAGACUAUGAAAGCAACUGUAGUCUUUCAGUCUUUUCUUCAUAAAAGUUAUGAAUUUUUAAAAAUCAAAGGUGCAGAGUCGUGAAUUGCAAAGUUAAAUCGCAAAAAUUAAGUGACAAAAUUUAAAAUUUAUCUAUUUGAUUACGUUUAUGUUAAACCAUAGAGUUCAAAGAAGUUUUAUGGCGAGUUUAAGGUCUAGAUGUGCUAUAGAAAAAAUAUGGUGCAACUUUUAAUUUUAAGAAAAACGUGGUUUAAUUUUUUUUAUUUUUAAUUGCGAUUUUGACAAUGUUAUCUCAGCUAAAAUUCAAAAUAAACUUGAUUUUGGUUUUCAGCACCAUCAAAAACAUAAAGUAAGACCAAAAUUAGCCAUGCACCACCAAUGAUCAGUAUCUCCAAAAAUUAGCGUUAUUUUGGGGAUUUAUACUGUAGGUAGAUGUUAAAAGCUGCCCCGUUUGGUUUUUAUAAAACAUUUUGAUCCAAAAAUUUCCAUAAAACUUCCUUGUACUCAUGUUUUAAUUUUAAAUUUGAUUUAAAACCUAUAUUUCAAAUUUUGUCAGUCAAAUUUUGCGAUUAAACUUUGCAAUUCACGAAUCUGCACCUUGUACUUUAAAAGAUUCAUAACUUUUACUAGAAUAAGACUAAAAGAUUAAAGCAGAAACUAGUAUCUUCAAAAAAAGUGGUUCGAUAUAUAGUGUACAAAUUUUAGAACAAAAUAUUUAAACGGACCAGAGUUGUAGCGAGCUAAACGCAAAAAAACGUGAUUUCAUUUUUUUUUAUUUUUAGGGUAGAAUUGCAAUUUUGACAAUAUUCCCCCACCUAAAAUUUAAAAUAAAUUUAAUUAUCGUUUUCAUCACGGUCAAAAACAUAAUAUAAGACCAAAAUUAGCCAUUCACCACCCAUGGUCAGUAUCUCGAAAAAUAAGCGUUAUAUUGGGGAUUUCUAAUGUCGACAUUAAAACUUGCACUAUAUUUUUUUCUAUAAAACAUUUUGAUCUAAAACUUACCAGAAAACUUCUUUGUACUCUCUACUUUAACAUAAAAUGUAACUAUGAAGCUAAAUUUUAAACUUCGUCACACAACUUUUGCGAUUCAACUUUGCAAUGAACAAAUCCGCACCUUUUCCUUUGAAAAAUUCAUAACCUUUAUCAGGAUAAGAAUAAAAGCUUGAAACAGGUACUGCUGUCUUCAGAAAUGUUAGAGCUAUAAACUGUAAAAAAUUUAGAAAAAAUAUUAAAAUGGAACACAGUUGUAGCGAGGUAAACGCAAAAAAACGUGAUUUCAUUUUUUUUUAUAUUUAGGUUAAAAUUGCGAUUUUGACAAUGUUCCCCCACAUUAAAUUCAGAAUAAUCCUCAUUUUCGUUUUCAGCACCCUCGAAAAUAUAAAGUAUGAAUAAAAUUAGCCAAUAACCCCUCCGUGGUCAGUAUCUCGAAAACUAAGCGUUUUUUUUUUUUUUAGGGUGUGCCGCUCGUGUAUAUGGGUCUAAAAAGAUGCUUAUAAACAGAAUAUAUUUAUACCGACUAAUAUUAUUUUGUAUUCCUGCUGCAACAAAUAUUUUUUAUUCUUUUUCAUAAUUAAAUCUUCGCUUGUCUACUGCUGGACAUAGAUUUCCCUCAUAAUUUUUCAUCUGUUUCGAUCUUGUGCCUCUUGUAUCUAAUUGCUACGACAACGUUUUAGAUCAUGAGUACAACGUGUUGUGGACAACAUCUGCUUAGGUAGGCAUCAUCUCUUGGUCUCCAUUUCAGUAUCCGCUUUGUCCAUCUGCUAUUUGUCAUUUGAGCCAUGUGACUUGCCCAGCUCCAUUUCAGUGUUGUUAUUCUCUCUACUGCAUCAGCCACUCCUGAUCUUUGUCGUAGUUUUCUUGGUUUGGGAUCUUGUCUCGCAGUGAAAAGCACAACAUAGCACGCUCUAUCGCCCUUUGAGACACACGGAUUUUUUGCACUGUUCUCCUUAUGUUCUUCGUCAUGGCCAACGUUUCCUCUCCUCAAGUCAACACUUGCAAAGCACACUGAUUAAAGGUUUUUGUUUUAAGACAUGGUGGUAUGUCAGACGAUUUGAAAAUAUGGUUCAGCUUGGCGAAGGCUGCCCCAGUCAGUCUUAUUCAACGGAGAAGCUCAACUGUUUGAUUAUCUUUACCUGGUCUAUGGGUCCAUUACCUGGUCUAUGGAUUUGGUUCCUACACAAUAUAUCUCUUCUCUGACUACAAUAUUUGUCGUCAUCUGGGUUUUAGAUACCUACCUAUACUUAUUUUAAAUUCUCCUUCUAGAGAGGAAAGGUAGAGCUGAUUUAAAAGUUCGCUGAUAGGAUAGAUGAGACCAAAUACCUUUAAGUAAAAUAAUUUAUUCUAUUUAUUGGAUUCCAAGUAUUUUUUAUCAGUUCAAAUGUAUUUUUUAAAUUGUCCAAGUGUGAAAUAAAUAUCUACUUUUUCUUUCUUGGCAAUAUUUCGAAAAAUGCUUCCUUUUUGAGUUAUCUGUAAAUUUUUGUUUAAAAAAUGACAUAAUUAAUGUUUUUUUUUUAUUUUUCUUUCUAAAAUGUCUCUUGCCAUCUUACGGAAUACAUGGUCCCAAACAUUUAGAAUAUGCGGUUAUACAUUGUGCUCAGUGUGUACAGGGGUUAUGGCAAUAUAGACCAGGGUAAUAAGCUAGAAAUAGACCAUUUUCGGGACACUCAAAGAUAAAUAGUUGACAUAAAAUUACAAAAUUUAAUUUUUAAGAACAUUAAAAAACCUUCAUAAUGCCGAUUUUUGAAAUUUAAAAAGUUAAUUUGUUGCUACGCAAGCUGCAAAAUAAGUGAAAAUAGUUAUUUAUUAAUAACUUUUACUAAAACUAUCUUAGAACUUUAGUGUUUCAUCCAAAGUUGGGUAUUGGGGUACUUAACAAACCCCUUAAAAUUUGAGACCAAUCCAUUAAUUAGUUUACGAGUUAUUCUAAUUGUUUAUCCCAGAGACCUUUUUUGCAAUAACAUAAGACAGAAAAUAAUGAAGAUAGGGCAUUUCUGAGUAUGCCAAAUGAAAGUAGAAAAUUGAUACUCUCAAAAUGUACUAAAAAAGAUUAUCUAAUAUAGUCAAAAAUUAUAAUGCCACAUUUGUGAAAUUUUGUUGUUUAAAACAUUUAGAAUAACUUUAAAAAUAUUGUCUGUAGAAAAAGUUAUUUUACAUAUUAGAAAAGCUGGUAUUUUACACGAAUUUUUAAAAAUGUAUUUUAAUUAGUGACUAGUCAUGGUAAGUGAAGGGGGAGCUGGGAGCCGACAAAUGCACGAAUUCAAAAACUAAAAAAGCAACUUAAAACUAUUAUCAUUUUCUAUAUCUCGGGAUCUACUGAAUAUAUUUUGAUCGUUCUUUUUUUAAUGUGUAUGUAAUUUUUCUGUACAUUACAAAUAUGUAAUUUGUCUAGACAUUUAUUAAUUAAUAAGCAGUCUAAUUUGUUUAAACAAUUUUUGAAAAAAUAAUUUUUUCCCAAAAAUCCAUGAUUUUAAUCAUACUAUCCCUAUUAAUCAU